GAGAGCCCGGCGCGGGCGGCGCGGGGCCCUGCCGUGCGUGCACCCACCGCCUGCCGCCCGCGCAGCCUCUCGGCCCGCUCCGCCUUCGCGGUCUUGGCGCUCUUCACCUCCUGCUCCGCGGUCGCCGCCCGCCUACGGCUCGGGGGCUGGGCUGGGGACGGGGGCGGGAGCCGCGGGUCUAGCGCCUGAGGUCUCCCGGAAGAGCUAUGGAGCUGAACAGCAAGAAGAAGCUUCAUGCCCUGUCCUUGGCUGAGAAGAUCCAGGUGCUCGAACUCCUGGAUGAGUCCAAAAUGUCCCAGUCGGAGGUGGCCCGGCGCUUCCAGGUCUCACAGCCCCAGAUCUCCCGCAUCUGCAAGAAUAAGGAGAAGCUGCUGGCGGACUGGUGCAGCGGCACAGCCAACCGGGAGCGCAAGCGCAAGCGGGAGUCCAAGUACAGCGGGAUCGAUGAGGCUCUGCUUUGCUGGUACCACAUUGCCCGCGCCAAAGCCUGGGAUAUCACAGGGCCCAUGCUGCUCCACAAAGCCAAGGAACUGGCUGAUAUCAUGGGCCAGGAUUUUGUGCCCAGCAUAGGCUGGCUGGUCCGCUGGAAACGCCGCAAUAAUGUAGGCUUUGGGGCACGCCAUGUCCUCGCCCCUCCAUUUCCUUCUGAGUCACCCACCCCAGCGCUCAUGUGCCAGGCCCAACCGCCUCUUUCCCUUAAAGACUUCACCCCAGAAGAUGUUUUUGGCUGUGCCGAAGUGCCCUUGCUGUAUCGGGCAGUGCCUGGCAAAAGAGUGCCAUGUGAUCAAGUACAGGUGCUACUGUGUGCCAACAGCAAGGGCACAGAGAAACGGCGGAUAUUGGUGGGUGGGCUCCAGGCUGCCCCAAGAUGCUUUUUUGGGGUCAGUAGUGAAGCACUGCCUGCCACCUACCAUCCUGACCCAGGCAUCCCUUGGUCAGAGUGGCUGGCACGGUUUGACCAGGACAUGGGGCAGCAAGGCCGAAAAGUAGCUUUGUUGCUGGCUGCCCGAGUGGUGGAGGAGUUGGUGGGCCCUUCUGGGCUCCACCAUGUGAGGCUCUUGCCCCUGGCCUCCUCCAGUACCACACCAUCCCUGCCCAGCUCUGUGGUCUGGGCCUUUAAGGCCCAUUACCGGCAUCGUCUGCUGGGUAAGCUGGCCGCAGUCCAGGCCAAGAGGGCUGGCGCCUCACUGGCCGAGGCUGGGACGGGGAUCACAGAGCUGGAUGCUCUGCACAUGGCUGCAGCCGCCUGGGCCAAGGUGCCCCCUCAGCUCAUUUUGAGUAGCUUCAUUCAGGAAGGACUAGCUCCUGGCAAAACGCCUCCAUCCCCAGACAUAGCCUCUGAGAUGCCACCAGUCCCCAGUGGGCUGAGCUGGGAGGAGUUUUCCCGAUUCGUGGACCUGGAGGGUGAGGAGGUAGGACCUGAAAUAUGCAAAGAGGAGACAGGCACUGAAGACCAAGAGGGAGCCAAGGAGGACAGCUUUGAGCCCCUGCCCACCAAAGCUGAUGCCCUGCAGGCCCUGGGCACCUUGCGGAGGUGGUUUGAGUGCAACAGCUCUUCCCCCGAGCUCUUUGAAAAAUUCUAUGACUGUGAGGCAGAGGUGGAGCGGCUCUGCAGCCUGUAGGGCGCCUGGGAUGCCACCAGAGCCCCGCUGCUGUUUCCCAUGGAAACGCCUCUCCAGCAGCUGAGCUCUUUCCCAUGGAAAUGUGUGCGGAAGCUGUAGAAGGGAGAGAAGUCGAGGCACCAAGUCUAAGCUCAGAGCAGAAGCCAUCCAGGUCCUGAGAAGAAGUCUGAGGCAGGGAGUCCAGGCCAUGUGGUUCCUGGACCUUUGGUGAAGAUUCUAGACCUUGGAAGAGCUGGGACUUCGGAAGGUAGAACUUGGGCUUUACAGACAGUGGCUGCAUCCCUUCAACUUCAUGUUAAAAACAUUUCUGCUUCUGGAAAUAAAGUUUUUCACUACAAA